AGCUGUCAUUGGAUGCUGAAACAUGCAUCCAAGAAUAUGAAGCCUUUUAUACAUGUAUUGUUAGACUAGCCGCAAUGAUGCUUUCUAAAAGUUGCUUUUCGCCUUUCACAUGUUGCUAUUUCAUCGAUGACUUCUGAUUUCUCCAGGAGACAAUGACCUCGAUGAACAUAAUUGAGUUGCCAUGGCACGCCGCUUUUCCCUCACCGAGGAAGCAAGAGCCCGGGGCCAUGACACGUGGAGAAGUUCUCAAGAUGAUGAAAGACAGCGGCAGCGAAGCUGGAAAAGAUUACUUGCUGGUCGAUCUAAGAAGAACUGACCAUCAAGGUGGCACUAUCCGGGGCUCCAUCAAUCUUCCAGCGCAAAGUUUGUUUCCAGCCUUGCCAACAGUUUACAACAUGGUAAAAGCUGCCGGAAUUCGGAAGGUUAUUUGGUAUUGCUCAUCGUCCCGUGGCCGUGGCACACGUGCUGCUUGCUGGUUUGAUGAUUACCUGGAGGAGAAAGGAGAUAAGAAUACUCAGAGCAUUAUUCUACUUGAGGGAGUUAAAGGGUGGGUGAAAGGAGGCGCCGAGUACAUAGAUUGGGUUGAUGACUAUGACCAUGCCCACUGGGGAAGCCAGUAGGGUUGUUCGUAUCACUGGUGGAGGAAA